CCUGCAGGAGGCUGGAGAGCUCUGCUCCGGCCUCUGGCCCGGGACACUCUGUCCCCAUGGCUCACUCUUGCUGCCGGUGCUUAGGAGUAGCGGUCGGCGAGCUGCUUGGCACGAGUCCUGCCGGGUGUUUAUUUUCCCCAGGCUCCUCCCCAGGACCAUCUCUCAUGCCCCCGGUCUGGACCGGCUCUGAUUGGAGCGACGGGAGGACCGUCGGGCACUCCUGGGCGGCACGGGGCCUGUGUGCCUCGCUGGCAGGAAGCACGCCAGACCGCAAGUCCAUCUUCUUCAACAGCCACAACGUGUCCAAGCCGGAGUCGUCAUCAGUCCUGACGGAGCUGGACAAGAUCGAGGGCGUGUUUGAGCGGCCGAGUGACGAGGUCAUCCGGCAGCUCUCCCGGGCCCUGCGGCAGGCACUGGGCGUGUCUCUCUUCGGGAUCGACAUCAUCAUCAACAACCAGACAGGGCAGCACGCUGUCAUUGACAUCAAUGCCUUCCCAGGCUACGAGGGCGUGAGUGAGUUCUUCACGGACCUCCUGAACCACAUCGCCUCGAUCCUGCAGGGCCAGAGCGCAGCCACCGCAGCCACAGGGGACACGGCCCCGCUGAGGCACAGCAGGCUCCUGGCGGAGCAGGCGGACAGCCUGGCAGGCGAGCGGACGUGCAGCGCCAGAGCCCAGAGGAGUCCCCAAGAGGGGGGUCCUCGCCAUCACAGCAGGCAGGUGUCCAGGCUGGCAGCACCUGUGGGUGGGGCUGAGCCCGGAGCCAGCAGCGUCACCUGCAGAAGGCAGGCCCAGCUGGCGUCCCUGCAUUCACAGAGGGAACCUUGGGAGAGCUGUCCUCUGUACCAGAGGCUGGGCUUGGGGGACAGAGGGACCCGGCAGGAGGCUGUGGCUUUCCGCCAGCUGGGAAAAGCGGCUGUUCUCCGUCCUCGCCUGGAAGACGCCCUCACCCUGGCCGCUGGCCAUGAGCGCCACUGA